AUCUAUUAUUAUGAUAAAUCACGCCCGAAUUCCUCCAAGUUUACACUCCAACGCGUCGAUUUCGAAUACAAAAUCAGCAACUCCAUUCUAAUGUUAAUCAGUUGGGUGAGCAACUAGGGUAUCAGAACACACACGUACGGAACUUAAACUUGCGUCCAAAAACAAAAAGACAUCGAAAGUGAAAGGACUAUAACUUUUCCAUAAAGUAAUUUAUCAACGCAAUGCAUGUACACGCAUACCAUUAUUCUCUACGCACCAGCGUGGUAUUUCCUGUUCAUUUUGAAAGUUAUAAUUAACAAUAUUGAACAUGGUUUCGUCACGAGCAAAUAUUGUCACGAGGUUUUUAUCGUUAUUUGUGUUAAUUCGGGUGUUGAAUUAAAGCCAUCUGGAACUUUACAAUAUCUGUGCUGGAAUUUGUACCCAAAUAAAUGUACCCAAAUAAAUACUGAUCCACUUUGUGAACAUAACGUGCCUUUAAGAGAACGAGCGAAAUAGAUACAUGACAUGUAUUAGUAAAACUGCGUCAUCACAGAAUUUGAUGUUUUUGAUAUUGAAGGUUUCUGCCUGCAAAAUUCAACCUUAUUAAUAGGCAUCAUCAUAAUGGCUUGCAUUCAUCUGAUUGGCUUUCUUCUACUUGCAGCACAUACCAUCGCUGGAGCCGUGCUGUAUGAUAAGACAUCCCAGUCUGAUGACGUUACGCAUAUGGUGAACGAUAGAGCUCUGGUCUUCUUGGGCAACAUGAUGAGCUGUACCACCAAUAGGACGUUCCUAGAAACACUGGUGGAUUUCGGGUUCUAUGGCUGCUAUUGUGGGUUUGGUGGCUUCGGCAAACCUGUGGAUGGAGUCGACAGAUGCUGCCAGACUCACGAUAAGUGUUAUGAAGCAACCAAUCUGAUAGAGGGUGGUGUUUGUUACUUAACCAUCACUGCCUAUAUUGCACCUUAUAAAUAUAACCUUCAUCAAUGUGAUACAGAGGAUGCCCACAUUACGUGUGCCGGCAUUGAUAAGUAUUAUUGGUACGACUUCCUACCCAAGUGCUCCGUGGCUAUCUGCAAGUGCGACCGGGACCUCGCUAUGUGCAUUGCUCGUCAACCUUUCAACAAGAAAAAUCGUUUCCAUAACAGACUCAAAUGCUUUGGUGAGGACGUCAAGGAGCAAGCUCGACCGUAAUUCACCCACCGCAUCGCUUCUAUAACAAACUCAAAUGCUCCGAUAACGGUGUCGACGAAUCGUCAGUGGUGACGAUCCCAGCAAGCUCGACCAUAACUCGCCCACACAUCGCUUAUCGUCCAGUGAACCGCUUUCAUGUUUGACUUUUAUUCAUUAUGACUAUAAUAUAGGACGUGCAUUUUAUUUAUUAAUUUCUGACCCCCAUUCCAAGCACUGGCGUACGGGUGUCUAUGGGAGGAGGAGGGGGAGGGGAAGGAAUUAAAAUUAAAGAGAAAUAAACAAAUAAAUAACAAUGUUUUCCUUCUAAACGCCUUUUCGUUAAGCCUGCCACCAUUUUGAAAUGAUUCCACUGGUUCUAUACAGUGCG